UUCUAUGUUUAUGUAACUCAGCGGGUCGCAACUUAACCUCCAAACCCGCACGUAUUUGGGAUGUGGGAAGAGACGGAGGAAGCCCUGCAGGGUGACGGGGAAACCGUUCAAACAUCCGCACUGAGACAGCACCCAAGGUCAGGAUCGAACCUGGGACUCUGUUGUAGUCAGUCAGCAGCUCUACCUGCUGCGCCAUUGUGCUGCCCCAGGUUCAUCGCUGACAUCACGCCUUGCUGGGAAUUCUUAUGACAGCAUAAAAGGCUGGAACUGUAAAGGCUGCUCGUUAAACUGACGUUCAACAGCUUCUACUCCAACGGGACCAGCGAGCGAUGUUUUAACGCUGGGUGUCGGACUGGGACGGCAAUGAGGACGGUAGCUGGUGCAGUGGCAAUCGCCGGCUUCUGGCUGGCUCUCCUGGGCAAGACAGAGGGCUGCAUGCUCUGUGCUUUGCCGCACAAGAGAAUACGGGCCAGGUUUGCCAUGCUGUGCACAGCGUACAAGAGGUUGAACGAGACUGCCAACUGCACCAAGUACACUGAGGCAGACCUGGCCAAGUUUGAGAUUGAUGAAACGACAGUCAACAUGCUCGCGGAGAAGGUUCACCGUGUUCUUCGUGUUAUCGAGUUCAACCAGACACUGAAAGAUUUGCCCAAAUUCUGGGACUGGCUUUAUGAGAAAAAGCUUCCACAACUGACGAAGGAGUCUAUGUGUGCCCCCAAAUGCAGAACGUCCACCAAGGUCAUUAACUGCAAGCUGUGUCGAGAGGUGAAGGUCAACUGCUGGACGAUGAAGACUUGCUGGCCGAAGAUGCUUGAUCUGCAAGAAUCCGUCUUCCUGAUCCUCGGUCUGUCGGCUGGUUCCAUCUUGAUCGGUUUUGUGACACUAAUCUUCGAAUCGCGCAACUUACAGGCAAAGACAGAGAAAGGAGUUAAAUAGAGGGUUGGUUUAUUCGCUGGAAGUCCACGUGCGGUAGAAUCGAAUGGCCUUGUUAAUAGAACCUAGUUAUGAUGUGUUGGUUCACAUUCAUCAACAUUCCCCAUUAUUAAAUCCGAUCAGACUUGACCAAAGUCGGUCACAUCAGCCACAGGACAUGAGUAUGAUGUAACUGUGUGGAUGUACAGUGCAAAAGUGUACACAUUUGCUCUUGAUUGAAGCUAUGCUUCAUUUUGUUUAAUUUAAGGCUCAAUAAAUUUGCAAAAUUUUACUGCCA